AUGGUUGUCCAGGAAAACAUAGAAGACCAAGAAGUAACCAGAAAAGCACCAAAAUACCCAAUAACUCUACAUAUAUCUGAAGGCAAUAAACUUAGUCGUCUAGCACAGUAUGAAAAAGCUAUAUCUUGUUUCGAUGCAGGUCUCAAGAUUCAGCCAAACAAUAUCAGAUGCCUUUUAGGAAAAACAAAAUGCUUAAUGAAACUCUGCAAAUAUGAAGAAGCAAAGCAAAUUGCAGAAGAAAUAAUAAAACUUCAACCAAGGUGCGCUGAAGCAUAUACUUUACUGGGAAAUACAGAGUUUACAAAAGGAAAUUUCGAAGAUGGCUACAUUGCUUUUUCUUCAGGUUACCGUAAAAGACCCUAUUCUUUGGAUUUAAGACUUGGGUAUCAAAUGUGCAAAAAAGCCUUAAAUAAUUCUCACGAUUCUGAUGUUCCAAUAGCUCUAGACCACACUGAUGUGAAAGAAGUAAAGAAUAUUCUUCAAAACAAAUGCAAAAGACAAAACAAAGAUGAUAAUGAAACAUGUAAAGAUAUUUGCCAUGAAAUAAUAGAUAUAAUGGAUAAAUCAUUCGAUUACUUUACCAUAGAAAGUUUAAAAAUAAAAGCAGAUGCUCUACAUUUCUUGGGUCUUGCUUACAUGCUUGGUAAUAAUACUUCAUCUGCCUUGAAAUACCAUAAGCUGCAAUUAAAAAUUGCUGAAGACUGCAGUGCAGCUGAUUUGAAAAAAAGAAGUUUUUAUGAUAUAGGAGAAGAUUUCUUGAGGUCCGGUAAUUAUGAACAAGCAUUGACAUCUUUUAGGCAAUGUAUGGAAUUUGUUGAAGCAAAACAUGAAGAAGCAAUAGUUUUGUACAAGAUUGCCGAUUGUGAACUCUAUUUGGAGAAUCUGAAGAAUGCCACUAAAAAUGGAAGGAAUUCGCUCAGUAUUGCUACCUCCUGUCAUGACGACAGGCUUCAGUGCGACACUACAAUGCUUUUGGCUGAAAUUGCGUUGAGAAAGAAAAAUAUGAAAGAUGCAAAGAAUCUUUAUGCGGAAGCUUUAGCUGUUGCUGAAGAAAGUAAAGACUCCAGACUGGAUCGAAUCAAAGAUCUGAUUAAUAUGUUUCAUGAAAAGUUAGACGAUCGGUGCCGAGAAGAAAGUAUUCUCAGUUUUGCGAACAAAAUGGAAGAGAGUAGAAGCAGUCUGAGGAGAAUGAUUUACAUUGGAUCCAUAAAAAGCAAAGAAAAAUAUAAUUCAAGACAUUGUAAUAAACCAUCGCAUUUACAGGCCGAAGAAUCGACCAAAAUAAAGCAGUUGGAUACAGAUAGCAUCUCUAGUGAAUCCAGCAACCAAUAUAUAGAUUUAAAUACCAAAAAUGUAAGAAAUAAUUCCAACACAUAUGAAGGAAGCUGA